CAAAGCACAUCCAUCCACCUCAUGAACCAUAGAUGCAGACCAAAUUAACACUGCAAUCAUGGCAUCCACAUCCAAAGACAGUGAUCCCUGGAACCGGGAGACAAAGAGCAAAUUUGAAGGCAAAGACCGAAGCGAGUUCCUUGACCCAUGCCAGGAGGCUGCUGCACGCAGUAUCAGGUGUCUGAAUCGCAAUGGCGGCGACAGGUCACUCUGUUCGGAUUACUUCCAGGCGUAUAGAGAUUGCAAGAAGGCUUGGAUAGAGAAGAGGAAGAAUGACAAGAAGGGUAGCUCCUUGUUCUCAUAGAUCCAAGAGCCUCACGGCCCGUUCGGCAACUUAGCGAACGAGACGACUGUUGUUGGGCUUGACUAGAUGCCUUCUCUGGGAUAUCCAGGAUUUGGUAGAGAGUUUGGUGAGGUGGUUUCCCAGCAACUAUUUACCUGUGUGUACAUAGAGGUCAAAGGGUGGCUCUACAUACAUGGUUUCGCUGUACAUUACUUGUAACAUUUCUCUUCCCCUCUGUCAAUAAAAUCGCGAAAUCAAGAGGGCUUGAGCAUGGAGGAAGGAGAUUGGGGCAUCACCUUCGCCCGACUGAUCGGACACGCCGGACUCACCUUGUGGGAACCUCGGUGGAGGUGGGGUUGAGCGCACAGGCCACUUCGACCACCCCGCCAGAAUCGCCGAUUUGGAAGCCGCGACCUCCAUCACCUGGACUGCUCGACCCGACACUUCUGCAUUGCAAGCUCGGCCUAGGUAGGAGGCAGGUUGUGGCAGUCCGACCCGAUCUCUCCGCUGGACCCACA